GUUUCUACCUUCAACACUGUCACAAACGGCUAUGCUAAUCAAGAGCACCGGAGCCCAGCCAACCAACAUGCCACCCUCCAGAAGAGGCCAAGAGGCUGCAGCAGCACAUAAUAGGGAUCUACAUAACAAGCCUGGAAAGCUAGUUGAGCUGCCGAUGUAUGGCACCAUCCCGGACCUGGUUGCGCUUGUCUGUCGCCCGCUGCUCGCGGAGCCGCUGGACCCUGCGGUGCUGCUGCGCUGCUAUGCCCAGCUGCUGGGAGGCCACCAGCAGCGACCAGCAGCUGCUGCUGUCGCGGCACUCCAAGCGAUCCAAAGAAAGCGCAAAGGGCCUGCUUACGGAGGCUGUGGAGGUGGUGACGUGGCUCGUGCAGGCACUUGGAGAAGCAGAGGCAAAAGAGAAUGGCGCUGCGGGUAGCUCCCUGCGGCCAGCAGAUGCCACAGGGGGCCGCCGCGAGCAGUCCGGAGCAGCAGCAGCCACACCCCAACGCCCCAGAGCUGGUGGGUGCCAGGUUGGGCGAAUGCUGCGUAUGAGAAGGGCCGCUGCGCUGCCGCUGGCGGUUCUGGGCACUGGUGCCGCCGCCGGUGCACCGCCUACGGAGCUGGAGCCACUAGCAGCACCAGCGGCACCACUGCAAGAGCAGUGGUUGGGCCUGAUGCGGUCAUUAAUGGCACAGCAGGUCAUGCCAUACGCGGCCGGAGUGCUGGGAGCGACAGCAAGCGCUGCGUCGCGGCAACGCGCCCUGAGGAUCGUCGUGGCCACGCACCGGAGUGAGGCCUGGCGGGACGCGGCAGUAAUACUGCGGUGGUGCUGCCUGCUGCUGACAGCGCUGCACCGCGCAUAGCAACUGCAGGAAACAAGAGGGAGCAGGGGAGGCAGCAUCAGGGGCAGCCGUCGGCUGACGAGUCGCUGCAUGGGCAGGACGGGCAGGCGCAGGAGCAGCCACGAGCAUGCAGCGACAGUGCCGGGAUUGGCGCCACAAGCAAUGCCGGUGCAGGCGGCGGCCAUGCAUGCGGCAGCGUUCGUCAUUAUUAUUUGCGAGGAAGGCGCGGCGCUUGAGCUUGGAGAGGCUCUGGUACGGGCGGCGGCGCUUGUUCCGCUGGCGCUUGUGCCGCUGGCGCUUGUGGAAAGGGCGGUUUGCGGCAGUGACGGGGCAGUGACGGGGCAGUUGCAGUGGUAUUGCGCUGUGUGGAGCGCCUGGAGCGACAGCUGCAGCAGCAGCCUCCUUCCUGCGGGUCCGCAGCCAGCGCCAACACCCGCAACCAGCAGCGCAAGGAGCACUACCACCAGCGGUAGGUGAGGAGCAGGAACAGGAGGAGGCGGAUGGGGCGGGCGGGGUGGAGCAGGCGGAAGAGCAGAAGCAGCGGCGCUGCGGCGGAAGCAGGAGCAGGAGGCUGCGGUGCAGGCCGCGGUUGGAGAGCAGGCGGACGGGCUGUUCAUGCUACCAGCGGCGGUGGGCGCUGCUGGUGCCGCCUGGCCGGGUGCAUGCGGGCGGGGCUGCGGCAGGGGCUUGCCUGUUGUGGCUGUGGCCGCCGUGUGACUGCCCGGCAUGUGCACCGGACCGGGAGGGAGGCAGAUAAGGGCUGGCCGCUGCCGCGUGAGCGCUGCACGGGGGCUGGGUGUGGUGCGGCGACUGCAUGGGGAAAGCUGUACUGCAACACGGCGUGUCGGCUGCAGCACUGCGCGGCCGCGCACGCGGACUUGUGCCAGCGUGUCGCGUGUGGAGCAGGUAGAGGCGACACUGGGCGACAGGGCGUGCGCGUGAUGGGCCGUGUGUCAGGGUGCGUGUGACCGCACUUGGUAUACCAGCAUGCGUCAGUUAAUUAUUAACGCACGCUGCACGCUGAAGGCUGUAGAGACUGAUGAUGAUAUGCCAUUUGGGGGAUGAACGUUUCGGUCAUGACAUCAAUAGACAUACCGGCCAAUAAGGGACGGCAGAUACGGUAGGUGCCUGCUGAAGGGACCCCUGCCUGAGCUUCGAAAGCCAUGGGCCUUAACGUUACAGGCAUGGGUCAAUGAUCUCUCAUGUUUUGCUUUUGGGAUG